ACAUAAUAUAAAAAUGAGGAAUAAGUACAUGGAAAAUUUUAAAGUAUAGUACGAGGUUACAAACUGUGGUGGUGGAUCAACAACAGCAGUCGACACAUCAAGCACACUGUGUCUCCGGUAUCUUGCUCGAUACUGUAUUUAUAUUUAUGAAAUGACAACCAAACAUGCUACGUCUUGGGUGUUAAGUGGAGCUGGCCGUAGAAUGUUCAGGGCCUUGGCUGUGGCAGGAGCAGGUGGCAGCUUCCUUGUGUAUUACCUCCCUAAUACUGUCUUUAUCAACAAAUAUAAAGAUGUCACCAGAUUAUAUAGAAAUGGUCUCCCAAUUCCAGUGAAAAAACAUGUGACCUCACUAAUUGAUGAGGUUAUGGAUGAUCUUGGCACGAGUCAACUGGAACGGAACCUAAUAUCCUUGUACACUGCCUAUGGCUUUGACAUUUUCCGUGCUGGGUCAACAAAGGUAUCGUCUGGAGGAAUUUUAGGCAUACCAGUCAACUUUGAAUACUCUACCAUUGAUGAAUUUGUCCACACAGGUAUAACUGUCAACAAUGAACCAGUUCCUUGGAGCACUCCAGAGGGAGAGUCACUAAAGCAGUCCCUUGUGCUCAGUAAAGAUGCCAAGAAGUUUGCUAUUGCCCGGGAGAUUACUAGUCUGUCCACACUUGAACCCUUUGCAAAUGGUGCAUUCACUGCUGCAAUAGUGGGCAUGGUUUACAUGAUGAGUUCUGGGGUUAAUGCUAGAUUUAACUUCUACGCAAAACCUCGUUCUUUAAGAGUGAUGUUAUACGGGCUAGUGUCGUUAUUUGGGUAUGCCUUCUGGAGUCUCGGUAAAGAUGUGUCUACUGUUCAGUACGAGGCAAGUGCUGAUAGAGCUGCAGCUGAUGUGGGUGAAAAAUAUGCUACUGGUGGGUUGGAGUAUUAUGAAAAAGUAUUGCAACGAAACGUUGCCUUGCGAUCUCUUAUGGGAACUGAAGGUGACAAGUUGUACACUGCUUAUGGUAAUGACCAGGUGUUAAUACGAACAAAACACAUCCCCUUUUCCCUGCGGAGAGCAUACCUCAAGACCCGAGUUGAGGAAUACAGAAAAAGCACUGAAGGAACCCCAUCAGUCAUUGUUGAGUCAGAGACAGAAAGCUGUUCUUCCGAUACAAGACAAGAGGAAGAAGACUGUUGUUGUAAGAAAGAUACUCAGACACAAGACACACAAGCACAGAGUUGUCUUCCUGCCACAGAACAGGUCAAUGCAUAGAUAAACAGUAAACAUGUAAAUAAUUAUUCUUUAAAUAUCAAAAUACCAUAUUUCUCAUAGCAGUGUUUUGUUUGCAAGAGAUAAUUGCAUCAGUGGUACAGAUAUCUAUGAGCAGUCAUUUAUUUGAAAUAAAAACAAUAUUAUACCAGCCAAAGAACUAGGAUCACAGUGUAUUAAAAGCUAACCAUAUUAAUCCCUCAGAACUUUAAGUUUUAUUGACCAUUAUUUAUAUUACAGUUUAUAGAUUAUCUGACCUGUUGUACCUGCCUUGCCUACAUUUAAUAUUUUACUGUACAUAAUUGUUUUUUUUAAUAAAGUCUCAUUCUGGGGUUAUUAUAAAA